CCCCGCCCGCGGCCGAGGAGGAGAAGAGCAUCUCGGAGCAGCGGGAGGACCGCAAGCUGCAGGAGAUCGCGGGCAAGGACCUGACCAAGGUGGUGAGCCUGAAGGACAAGCUGGAGUUCGCCCCUCGGGCCGUGCUGAACAGGAACCGCCCGGAAAAGAGUUAAUGAAGUUGUUUGGGCAAACGCGGUGCCCUGGAGCGACUGUUCCCGGGGCUGGGGCCGGCUGCCCGAGGGCUGUGUCCCGCAGCACCACGCCGGGGGCUCCCUGGCACC